AUGAUAAAAAGCAAGGAGGAAGAGCAACUGAAAAAUAUUGAAGGGAGAAUUGUUGCCAACCAUGACUUCAACAAUGACUUUCUUCAGGAUAUUGGAUUUCAUAAUGAUAUUUACAAGCUCCUGAGAAAUAUUGCGUCGAUGCAAUUCUCUCUUAAUGGCCCCAUCAGUGUAUACAAGGAUGUGGCCGUGGAGAUGUUCAUGACCAUGAAAAAGAUCAUGCAAUGGAGCGAGGAGACAAAUGAAGAAAUUCCAUGCCUAUCCUUUAGAAUAAAGGACGAAUACUGCUCCCCCAACCUCCAAAGCGGCAGCAAGGAGGAGAGAGACGGCUGCGGCGUGGGCGCGGCGCACUACCAGAAGCGCGGUAGGAGGAAGUGGAGCGACGGGGGCAUUGCUAGCUUCCUCGACAAGGACACGGAGCGGUUCGAGCACCUGCAUGAGGGGAACUCUCGGGCCGAUAUGUCAAAACUGGGCACCAGCAGCAACAGAAUGACAAGAGGUAGAAGAAGCACGAGUAAAUUUUUGUUUGUUCACUUUGGGCACUACCAGAGAUUGGGACCUCUCUUGUGUCCGAGAUGGAAAAGAGCACUCUUGAAGAUUGGGGGCAGUUUGCUGGCAGGGUCAGCUUCUGAAAAUGUUGACCCAAAGAUGAUCCCGCUAAUUGCUAGAGAAGUUCAGGCCGCAAGCCUUCGUGGCGUUCAGGUAGAUAGAAGAAAUUUGUUUAGUGGGCAAUUGCUGUGCUGUGGCGGCACUUGGGCGGCCGAAACAUGCAUUGAAAGGGCUGCAGCAUGUCCAAUAGGGAUGAUGGCAUCAGUGACGAAUGCGGUGUUGCUUCAAGCAUCGCUUGAAAAGAUAGGCAUUGAGGCUCGAGUUCAGACAACAUUGGUGAUGCAAGAUGCUACUGAACCAUACAUCAGACGACGAGCUAUGUGCCAUCUUGAGAAAGGAAGGGUUGUUAUCUUUGGAGGGAUUGGUGCUGCAAUGGGAAAUCCACUUUUGACAACCGACAGCGCAGCAGCCUUGAGGGCUUCUGAGGUCAACGCAGAUGUACUCCUUAAAGGUUUAACUGGAGAAUCUGAAACAUUUCUAUAUGGUUGGGCUCCUGGAAGCAAUGGUGAUGCAGAAUCUGAACACAUUUCGUAUCGGAAGUUAGUGGCAAGAAGGUUCAGCGAAAUGGAUGUCAAAGCAAUAAGCUUUUGCGAGGAGAACAACAUUCCCUUUGUCCUUUUUAACAUGCUGGAGCCUGGUAACAUAUCCAGAGCAUUGUGUGGAGAUCAUGUAGGAACUUUGGUCGACCAGACAGGAAGGAUCGGCUAACUUGAUGCAAGAAAACUGCACAGAACUGAAGCUUCAGUGAUCGUCGGAUACCUUUUGGGGUUCCCUAGCUUGUCUUCGUUUUGGGGUGGCAUGUCCAAAUCGGGCGGGAAAGCUUAUCUUCGUUUUGGGGUUGAUGGAUGUCCAAAUUGGACAGGGAAGCAGUGA